AGCUGGAGGAGGGGGUGGGGAGGCGGCGCCUGCGCAGUGCGCCGCGGAGGAGCUGUGUGUAUGUGAGAGUCUGACGGGUUCAAAAUGGCGGCGGCUGCUUCAGCGGCUCCUCCUGUGUGAGGGAAACAACACCCCUCCCCGGCAGCGGCGGCGGCGGCGGCUGCGGCUCGCAGAGCACCUUCCCAGCGGCUGGGCCUGUCGCUGCUCUGUCUAUCCUGGGCAGGGGGCGCUCCGGCAGGAGGGGCAACGCCAGGGGGCCCAUCUCCCGGAAUCCCUCCUCUGCGACUGGGGAGUAGCCGGGGGGCUCGUCCCGCAGAGCGGAGCCCGGGCUAAGGGGGAGACGCUAGGGGAGCCCGGGCCCCCAUCCCGGCGCGCCGCGCCGCUCCCGCCCUCUCCGCCCCCCGGGGCCGGGGCCCGCGUUCCGGGGGGCCGGGGCGGUGCGGGGAGCAUCGGGCCCGCCGGUCUCAGCUGAUCGGCCGCCGCUCCCGAAGGCGGCCAGCGGCUGCUCGGCGAGGGCACGCGAGGAGGGCGCUCCCCGCGGCCCGGGCUGGCCCGGGGCUCGGGCUCGGGCUGGGGCUGCUGACCGCUGGCUCGGGGGAGGCGGGGGCGCCCUGGGCUCGGCGCCGAGGGUCGUGCUCCCCUCGCCUGACGCCUCCGACUCCCAGUCUCCAAAGCCAGAAGAGGAGGUUUGAUUCAGCAACUGUUUCCUCUCUUUUCCGGGUCGCUCUGACCCUCUGUGGAUGGGUUGGUCCACGGAAAAACCGAAGACGACGUUUGGGAUUUAAUUUUUCCUCUCAGCUUUUGGAAUCUUUUACUUCUCACUUGGACAAGAACUCAAGAGCAAAAUCUCCGUGUUGCAAUCUGGUUCCUAAGGAGGAAGAGGAAGGCAGCCCUGGAGUGGUUUCUUUACAGUAAUUUCAACAGAAGAGAGAGAGAUGGAACCCGAAGAAGAAAGGAUUCGUUACAGCCAGAGAUUGCGUGGGACCAUGCGACGACGCUAUGAAGAUGAUGGCAUUUCUGAUGAUGAAAUUGAAGGGAAAAGAACAUUUGACUUGGAAGAGAAACUCCAUACCAACAAAUAUAAUGCCAAUUUUGUUACUUUUAUGGAAGGAAAAGAUUUUAAUGUAGAGUAUAUCCAGCGGGGUGGCUUGAGAGACCCUCUGAUUUUCAAGAAUUCCGAUGGACUUGGAAUAAAGAUGCCAGAUCCAGACUUCACUGUGAAUGAUGUCAAAAUGUGUGUAGGGAGUCGUCGCAUGGUGGAUGUCAUGGAUGUGAACACACAGAAAGGCAUUGAAAUGACCAUGGCUCAGUGGACACGCUACUAUGAGACCCCAGAGGAGGAGCGAGAGAAGCUCUAUAAUGUCAUCAGCCUAGAAUUUAGCCACACCAGGCUGGAGAACAUGGUGCAGAGGCCCUCCACGGUGGAUUUCAUUGACUGGGUAGACAACAUGUGGCCAAGGCACUUGAAGGAAAGUCAGACUGAAUCAACAAAUGCCAUCUUGGAGAUGCAGUACCCUAAAGUGCAGAAGUACUGUCUAAUGAGUGUUCGAGGCUGCUAUACUGACUUCCAUGUGGACUUUGGUGGUACCUCUGUUUGGUAUCACAUCCAUCAAGGGGGAAAGGUCUUCUGGCUCAUCCCCCCUACAGCCCACAACCUGGAGCUGUACGAGAAUUGGCUGCUGUCAGGGAAACAGGGAGACAUCUUUCUGGGUGACCGGGUGUCAGAUUGCCAGCGCAUUGAGCUCAAGCAGGGCUAUACCUUCGUCAUUCCCUCAGGCUGGAUUCAUGCUGUGUAUACUCCUACAGACACGUUAGUGUUUGGAGGCAAUUUUUUGCAUAGCUUCAACAUCCCCAUGCAAUUAAAAAUAUACAACAUUGAAGAUAGGACACGGGUUCCAAAUAAGUUUCGAUAUCCAUUCUACUAUGAGAUGUGUUGGUAUGUGUUGGAGCGCUAUGUGUACUGCAUAACCAACCGCUCCCACUUAACGAAGGAAUUUCAGAAAGAAUCCCUCAGCAUGGAUUUGGAAUUAAAUGGGUUAGAGUCUGGAAAUGGGGAUGAAGAAGGAGUGGAUCGAGAACCCCGACGCUUGAGCAGCAGGCGUUCUGUCCUCACUAGCCCUGUAGCAAAUGGAGUCAACCUGGAUUAUGAUGGACUGGGCAAAACCUGCCGAAGUCUUCCAAGUCUGAAGAAAACUUUGUCUGGGGACUCAUCCUCUGACUCUAGCCGGAGCUCCCACAAUGGCCAGGUGUGGGAUCCCCAGUGUAGCCCUCGAAAGGACAGGCAAGUGCAUCUGACCCAUUUUGAGCUUGAAGGCCUUCGCUGCCUUGUAGAUAAGUUGGAGUCUCUGCCACUGCACAAGAAAUGUGUCCCCACAGGGAUAGAAGAUGAAGAUGCUCUCAUUGCUGACGUAAAGAUUUUGCUGGAAGAGCUUGCCAACAGUGAUCCCAAGUUAGCCCUCACUGGAGUCCCCAUAGUACAGUGGCCAAAAAGGGAUAAGCUUAAAUUCCCCACCCGGCCAAAGGUGCGGGUUCCUACCAUCCCCAUCACAAAGCCUCACACUAUGAAACCAGCUCCACGGUUAACACCUGUGAGGCCAGCUGCUGCCUCCCCCAUUGUGUCAGGAGCCAGGCGGAGACGAGUGAGAUGUCGGAAAUGCAAAGCCUGUGUGCAAGGAGAGUGUGGUGUUUGCCACUACUGCAGGGACAUGAAGAAGUUUGGAGGGCCUGGACGCAUGAAGCAGUCCUGUGUCCUCCGACAGUGCUUGGCACCCAGACUGCCUCACUCAGUCACAUGUUCCCUCUGUGGAGAGGUGGAUCAGAAUGAGGAGACACAGGACUUUGAGAAGAAACUCAUGGAAUGCUGUAUCUGCAAUGAGAUUGUUCAUCCUGGCUGCCUUCAGAUGGAUGGAGAGGGAUUGCUUAACGAGGAAUUGCCAAAUUGCUGGGAAUGUCCAAAGUGCUACCAAGAAGACAGCUCGGAGAAAGCCCAGAAGCGGAAAAUGGAAGAGAGCGACGAAGAAGCUGUGCAAGCCAAAGUCCUGCGGCCCCUGCGGAGCUGCGAUGAGCCCCUCACGCCCCCGCCUCACUCACCCACUUCCAUGCUGCAGCUCAUCCACGACCCGGUUUCUCCCCGGGGUAUGGUGACUCGGUCAUCCCCUGGGGCUGGCCCCAGCGACCACCACAGUGCCAGCCGCGAUGAGCGCUUCAAACGGCGGCAGUUGCUGCGGCUGCAGGCCACAGAGCGCACCAUGGUACGGGAAAAGGAGAACAAUCCCAGCGGCAAAAAGGAGCUGUCUGAAGUUGAGAAAGCCAAGAUCCGGGGAUCGUACCUCACUGUCACGCUACAGAGGCCCACCAAAGAGCUCCACGGGACAUCCAUUGUGCCCAAGCUGCAGGCCAUCACGGCCUCCUCUGCCAACCUUCGCCAUUCCCCCCGUGUGCUAGUGCAGCACUGCCCAGCCCGAACCCCCCAGCGUGGGGAUGAGGAGGGACUGGGGGGAGAGGAGGAAGAGGAGGAGGAGGAGGAGGAGGAAGAUGACAGUGCAGAGGAGGGGGGUGCAGCCAGGCUGAAUGGCCGGGGCAGUUGGGCUCAGGAUGGAGACGAAAGCUGGAUGCAGCGGGAGGUCUGGAUGUCUGUCUUCCGCUACCUCAGCCGCAGAGAACUUUGUGAAUGUAUGCGAGUGUGCAAGACGUGGUAUAAAUGGUGCUGCGACAAGAGACUUUGGACAAAAAUUGACUUGAGUAGGUGUAAGGCCAUUGUACCCCAAGCUCUCAGUGGCAUCAUCAAGAGGCAACCAGUUAGCCUCGACCUCAGUUGGACCAACAUCUCCAAAAAGCAACUGACAUGGCUCGUUAAUAGGCUGCCAGGACUGAAAGACCUCCUCUUGGCGGGCUGUUCCUGGUCUGCAGUCUCUGCCCUCAGCACCUCCAGCUGCCCCCUUCUCAGGACCCUUGAUCUUCGGUGGGCAGUAGGAAUCAAGGACCCUCAAAUUCGAGACUUGCUGACUCCACCAGCUGAUAAACCGGGUCAGGACAAUCGCAGCAAGCUCCGGAACAUGACUGACUUCCGGCUGGCAGGCCUUGACAUCACGGAUGCCACACUUCGCCUCAUCAUUCGCCACAUGCCCCUUCUGUCUCGACUCGACCUCAGUCACUGCAGCCACCUUACAGAUCAGUCCUCCAACCUACUCACCGCUGUCGGGUCUUCCACACGUUACUCCCUCACAGAGCUUAACAUGGCAGGUUGCAAUAAAUUGACAGACCAGACCCUGAUCUACCUACGGCGCAUCGCCAACGUCACCUUGAUUGACCUUCGAGGAUGCAAGCAGAUCACUCGAAAAGCCUGCGAGCACUUCAUCUCAGACUUGUCCAUCAACAGCCUCUACUGCCUGUCUGAUGAGAAGCUGAUACAGAAGAUCAGCUAAGACACACCUAGGCCAGACUGAACAGGAAACCGAUCUUCCCCUGACUCCCCAUCGAGGAGAACCUCUCUCCCCGACCCUGCACGGGCUCUGAGGCCAGCGUCACACUCCCUCUGCCCUCCUGUCCCUUGAGCCCUUCCUCUACAGGUGGGGCAGAGAGGGUGGUGGACACCAGGCUUAUCUGCCUGCUCCUGUCCCUCCUGAGAAAAAGGGAGUAGCAAAUUGAUUCGAGGGGAAAGCACAGGCUGUGCUGUCGAGGUGCCUGCUUGCUUGCUCACCUGUUAAGAGGCUGGGCUCUCAGUUUGGGGUGUUCGUGCAACUUUCAUCUGCACCGGGCCCUGGGCCCCUCAUCCCCACCCAUGGUCCCCAGCAGUGCCUGGUUCUGAGCAACUCCCAGGGAAGAAAGCAGCCCUGUAUCCACGGCCAGGUUCUCCUUGUGGUGUCCAGUGCGUGUCUCUCCUCCAUCACACUCUCCCGGCUUAUGCAGGAGGGGCUGGCAGCCCCAGGAAUUCCAGACCCGUGCAGAUCACACUGGUGCUUUUGAGGUGUCCCCAGCCUCACGUUCGUGUCUGUGCUCUCCCUCCUGUCCUCUCCCCUUAGCUUGAUUCUGUCCAGCGUUCAUGCUCAUUCACAUAAUGACGUUUCCCACCGAACCCUACCCCAGACUUCCCUGCUAGUCUCUUUGAGGUCCUUAUUGCACUUAUUGGGGUUGAAGCUCUUCAGAGGAGCUAGAACUGUCUACCCCAGGGACACACCCAUUCCAUUGCUACCCAGACGGAUUCUGAGACAGGCACCAUCUCCUUGUUUCCCCUUUCUCUUUUGCCUCCCCUGACUGCCCUUUUCCACAUGUCCUCAUUCCUGCCUGAAUAGGGCUUUCCCAGGAUGCAUGUCCUCAGAGGGAGCAGCCUGUCUCCCCCCAACUCGGGGGAGCAGAGGACUGGGCCAAGUCUCCACCUGCCUCCGGGCCAGGCUCCUACAGACCUCUGGUUUAGGGUAGCCCCCCAGAGCCCAGGCCUGUGUACAGCCCCAGCAGCUCAUUGAUCUGGCACCUUUGGGGGGGAGGGGGUCCUGCUUAGAAGCCAGUCACCUGCCCUCUGCCUGCAGCCAUGGAAGGGGGUGUGCAUGUGCCUCUGUGUGUGUGGCUGAGUGUGUUCCGCGUGUGUGAGGAGGGAGGUUGGGAGGGAGCAUGGUGUCUCCGUUCCACCACCCUUUGUCGAACCCCAUCAGCUGCCCCCUUUUACUUUGCAUUGAACGGCCUGUCCAAAGAUCCUCUCUCUAGGGCAGCAGAGAGCUUUUUGCACUUUAAAAAAAAAAAAAGGAAAGAAAGAAAGGUCGGAAUUUCUUUUGGGUCAAUAUUUAAGUGUGUGAGGAGAUGCUCAGUAGCAGCAGCCUGUGGCAAGAGCUUAUUCAUGAUAGAUGCAAAUUUGCACUCUGCUCCCCAUCUAUAAGGAUACUGAUAGCACAACCUUGCCCCCGCCUUCUUGUCCUCCAACCCCAUCCCUUCCUGGCCCCUUUCCUGUAGCCCAGUCUUAGGCUUUCCUCCUCCUGAAGCCCUGUGGGGCAAAGGGACAGAACCCAGGCACCAGGGGUCUGAAGUGUGAGCCACCCAGAGGAGAGACGCCAACUGCACCCUUGCCACUUCCAAAGCAAUAGAGGCAGAGGGGUCCCCUCUUUGCCACCUAGCCCAGCUUUGACCCUGGCAUUAACUGGCCGCCUUAGAGGAAGUUGGGUCCUGGUAGCGGGUGGCAUUUUGUCUGUUUCUUCCAAUCUGCUGAUUCUCUUGGCUGCACCUUACAAACAGCAGUCUGCUCCCACGACCCUCUGCCCCUCCCUGGUCUACAGGCCCAGUGAUGUGGGGUUGAAACUUUGAGGAAGUGCCAGUGACUCAUUCCAGAGUGCCUCAGUUGGGGGACUUCUCUGUAAAGAACCCUGGGUAUUGAGCAAAAACCUUAUUAAUAUUAUUGUUAAUGACCUAUAAUUGGAAGCUUCCUGCCUUUUUUUUGGUUGCUCCUGUGGAAAAUACUGAAAAGAUUACUUCGUUUUGUUUUGUUGUCUUUUUAUAAAAGGGGAGGUGGAGAGACCCCUUCAGAGCAGGGAUUGUGCCGGGAGAGUGCCUCUGACUUUGGGACAUUUCAUCCACAGAAAUUUCCAAGCUGAUGGUUUGUUUUGGGUUUUGGUUUUUAUGUUUGUUUGUUUUUCGGCUUGGAAAAACAAGCAUUUUUACCGUGCACGUAAAUUGGUCAGCAGAAAAGGGAGCCCAGGAGUGGCAGCGGAUGGACAGUGCCCUUGCUGGGUCUUACUUUUCUUUGGGACUACGAGGGGAAUGGUUUUAGAGGUAAGGGUCGGUCCAUGUGGAGGAAAGAAGUGUCUCCGUUGGGGAACAGAGUAACCUGGGGAGUCUAUCACAUUUCCUACAAUCUGCUCUUAGAUACGGCCUUGCCAGGAGAGCCUGCCCUCCUCAGACUGCAGGACCAGACCCCUGCCUCCAUCUUUCCAAGCACCGGGGCGAAAAACCACAAAGGAAAGGAAGAAAAUUUAUAUAUAUAUAAUAUAAAAUCACUUGGUGAUUAAAAAAAUAACUGCUCCAUAAAUAAAACUCCUAAAGUCACUAUGUUUAAAGGUUUUGGUUGUGUUUUUUGUUUUUCCGAGAAAUAUUGUAAAUAUAUAUUUUUUGUUGCUGAUUUAGAGUCAGUCUCCAAUGUUGUGCUAAAAAAUUUAAAUUAAAUGUAAGCAUUAAGGGGAUAAGCUAUCUCAGUUGACACAUUGGGGUUAUUUUGGGCCAGGGAAGGAGGGAAGCUUAUUGGACUUUAUUUUCUAAAAGUUCUCCAUUAUUGGUUUUAGAAAGAGCAAGGACAUCUUUCCUCUGACACGUGGGAGUGGGAGAUAUUUGUGUAAUAAAAUUUUUAAAAGACAAAGUAGCCUCCAGUGGGAAAUAUUUUGAUUUCCGUUUGAGUUUUUUUGGCGGGAGGGUCUUUUUUUGAUAAAAAGACUUUAAA